UUGAGUUUAGUUGCUUGCAUUCCAGCAACGUUUGCGCUUAUUCCGCAACACGACAAAAAUAGAGAAUAGAGAAUUAAAUAAAUAUAUAAAAAAAAUUUCAGUUGUUAAGAACGCAAACGUUUGGCUUUCGUGUCGCUAGUUUUAUACAUACAUACAUACAUAUAUCCGUGUGCGCAUAUCCUGUCGGUUUCCGUUUCCGCGUGACUUCGUUUGUUGUUGAUCUCGGCGUUUCAUUCCAAAAAAGAAAAUUUAAUAUUUUAUUUAUUAUAAAUAAAUUUGUGAUUUUAGUUGCUAAAACUCAGCAGUAUGUCGUCACGCGUUCUAGAAGACUCACCAAAUGCUCAACUCGAUAAAACAAUUUUGGAACGUUAUCGUAAUCUACCGUUAAAGGAGAAUGUUGUACAAGCCACUUAUGUGUGGAUCGAUGGUACUGGACAGGAUUUGCGUUGCAAGGAUCGUACGUUAGAUUUUGUGCCAAGUGAUCCAAAGGGUAAGAGAGACAAGCAUUAAAAAUAGUUAUAUAAU